CUGGACAUCAUUAUGUAUUUAGGACUAAGGGCCUCUGUCUGUUUUAUUCCAUAAUCUCUUUGCUUUCCCUUACUGAGUGUUUUUCAAACAAAACUCAUUAAACAAAGUACUCCUUUAUUCUCGGGUAGAUGGAACUAAGAGAGAGAACAAACAGCAGUAAUGCACUUGCUGUAGAGAACAGAAAAAAAAACAUUCCAAGAAAUUUUGUUAAUACAUGCCAAUGCAGUUUUAUAUGAGAAGGGAUAGUUCCAUUCAAGAGAAACUGCAUUUUCCAGGACAUCUGCCGUGAAGAAAACAUCUCAGACCUCACAUCCAGCAAGGGCUACAGCUUGGCACUCAUUUUCUCGAGAGAAAGGGCAGACAAAAGGUGACAGCAGAUAAUCAUCAUGGCAUCAGCAAGUCUGCAGUUCUUUGCUUUUAUUCUGGCUUUGUUUGGUGUUUUUGGAGAUAUUGCGGCCACCUUGCUACCAAACUGGAAGGUAAAUGCAGAUGUUGGCUCCAAUAUCAUAACAGCUAUAACACAGAUGCAAGGACUUUGGAUGGACUGCACGUGGUACAGCACUGGGAUGUUUAGCUGUACCCUGAAAUACUCCAUUCUCUCUCUCCCCGUCUACAUCCAGGCUGCACGGACCACCAUGGUACUGUCUUGUAUCCUAUCAGCAUUUGGGAUCUGCAUCACUACAGUUGGAAUGAAAUGCACCAAGUUGGGAGGGGACAGUGACAGCAAAAGUCACGCUUGUUUUGCUGGAGGAAUCUGCUUCAUUCUUGCAGGAAUCUGUGGAUUAGUACCAACAUCCUGGUACACAAGAGAAAUUAUUUCAAAUUUUCUGGACCAGACCAUUCCAGAGAGCAGUAAACAUGAACCAGGAGCAGCAGUUUAUACAGGAUUCAUUUCAGCAGGUUUUCUGCUUAUCGCAGGUGUGAUUUUCUGCACUUCCUGUUUUAACAAGCAGCAAGGAGGAUGGAUUUACCCUCCAAAGCAGCACCAUUUUCCAUCCGCAGAACAGGAGAGUAAUGCAGGUUACAACCUGAAGGACUACGUGUAAAUAGUUAUUCUAUCCACUCAAGGUUUUUUUUGUGUGCUAAGUGUAGUUUGAUUAUUUCAAAGAAUGUAUAACCGAGAACUUAACUUUUCCUGCAUCUGGGUUGCAGUAAUGUUUAUGCAAGGUAUUUAAUUCACAGGGGCAACCACAAAAAGGAAAGAAGUAGAAAAUUAUACUUGUCUGCUACAAAAGUACUUUAUUUUGCUGAUUUUUCAAACCAUGCUUUCUGACUUUCCACGUAGCAUUUACUAAAGAAAAAGGAACUAUUUUCAAACAUAACUGACUGUACAAUUAAGGUACCGAUGUCUUGUUAUAGGAAAGAUGAUUAAAAACUAACUGCUUUCUAUUUAGAGAAUCAGGCUUUCAAUUAUGUAACAUUUUAUGGUGUAUUUUACACUUUCAUCUCUAUCUUCAUUAUGAUGCAAGGAAAAGAAGCCCAAACAUUAUUUGUCCAAGAAGCCCAAUUCAAAGGUUUUUAAAAAGCAGACACAUCUGCCUUUCAUUUUCAAUUGUA